AGUGGCUCAGAUCGCGUAUCACUGAAACCAGACAAAGAAAAAAGAAUCAAAUGGCUGUGCGAUGCUUACCGAGAGGAAGCUGAGGCGACGACGGCUCAGAGGUGGCUGGGAGUGACCGGCGACGCCACUGGCCUUCUCGGAAUGGUGGUUCGAUACACUAGAGAGAAAGAGUGAGAGAGUAAGAGAGAGAAUCUGUCAAGCCGACAGAAAUAAAGGGAGGGGAGGGUGGCGGACGGUAGUGGGCUUGCCAGAAGGGAGUGGGUUCGACGGGGUUGGGCUGGUCUGCAAUUUCUGGCACCGUGGGUGGUGUUCCUACGUCCUGGUGGUCGUCGACGGUGGCUGGGAAAAAUCGAGGCCUAGGCGAGAAGUAGAACUGAAGUUAAACUGGAAGCAUUUCAUCCUCUUUGUACUAAAAAAAUGCAGGCUCAAACAUCUCUCACUUGCAAUAAAAAGAUGCUGGCAAACUAUGUCCCAGUCUACGUAAUGCUCCCAUUGGGAGUUGUUACACUUGACAAUGUCUUAGAAGACAAAGACGGGCUUGAGAAACAGCUCAAGGAGCUACGAGCAGCUGGUGUGGAUGGUGUAAUGACAGAUGUCUGGUGGGGGAUUAUAGAAUCCCAAGGGCCUAAGCAGUACAAUUGGAGUGCUUCUAGGAGCUUGUUUCAACUUGUUAGAGAAUGUGGGUUGAAGUUACAAGCCAUAAUGUCUUUCCACCAAUGUGGAGGGAACGUGGGGGAUGUUGUCAACAUCCCACUUCCUCAGUGGGUACUUGACAUUGGAGAAUCAGACCCCGAUAUCUUUUAUACCAAUCGCACGGGUAACAGGAACAAGGAGUACCUCAGUCUUGGUGUUGAUAACCAGCGUCUCUUUAAUGGACGAACUGCUGUUGAGAUAUACAGCGACUGCAUGCAGAGCUUCAGAGAGAACAUGUCAGAUUUUUUAGAAGAUGGAUUUAUAGUAGACAUUGAAGUGGGACUUGGCCCCGCCGGGGAGUUAAGGUAUCCUUCUUAUCCACGAAAUCAAGGAUGGGUCUUCCCUGGCAUUGGAGAAUUUCAGUGCUAUGACAAAUAUCUCGAGGCAGAAUUCAAAAAAGUUGCAACAAGUGAAGGUCAUCCCGAGUGGGAAUUGCCAGAUAAUGCAGGGACAUACAAUGACAGUCCUGAAUCUACACAGUUCUUUGGAUCAAAUGGUACAUACCUCACUGAGAAAGGGAAGUUCUUCUUGACAUGGUAUUCUAACAAGUUACUGAGCCAUGGUGACCAGAUCCUGGAUGAAGCAAAUAAAGCUUUUAUGGACUGUAAAGUCAAGUUAGCAGCCAAAGUCUCUGGAAUCCACUGGUGGUAUAAAGCAGAUAAUCAUGCUGCAGAGUUUACUGCAGGAUACUACAACUUAAAAGAUAGAGAUGGAUACCGACCUAUAGCAAGGAUGCUGUCCAGGCAUUAUGGCAUUCUGAAUUUCACAUGUCUUGAGAUGAGGGACUCUGAACAAAGUGCUGAUGCCAAAUGCGGACCUCAGGAACUCGUUCAGCAGGUUCUGAGUGCGGGUUGGAGAGAGAACAUUGACGUUGCAGGAGAGAAUGCUCUUUCAAGAUAUGAUCUUGAUGGUUAUAAUCAAAUCCUUCUAAAUGCUAGACCUAAUGGUGUCAACAAAGAGGGCAGACCAAAACUAAGGAUGUAUGGGGUGACGUACCUUCGUUUAUCUGAUGAUCUAAUGCAGAAAACGAAUUUCAAUAUAUUCAAGACAUUUGUGAAAAAGAUGCAUGCUGAUCAGGAUUACUGUCCCGACCAAGGAAAGUAUAACCAUCACAUAGGUCCAUUGGAGCGGUCUAAGCCAAAGAUGGCAAUUGAAUAUAUGCUAGAAGCAACCGAACCAAUGGAACCAUUCCCAUGGGACAAAGAAACAGAUAUGAGUGUCGGUGGUGUACUUACUAAUUUGAUAGACACCAAGGAAAGUACAACAUAGGUCCAUUGGAGCGAUCUAAGCGAAAGAUGACAAUUGAAGAUAUGCUAGAAGCAACCCGAACCAACGGAGCCAUCCCCAUGGGACAAAGAAACAGAUAUGAGUGUCGGUGGUGCACUCGCUAAUUUGAUAGACAAGAUCUUUUCUAUGUUUAAGUGAGAACACAACCAAAUGGGGAAAUACUCAAAAGUCAAAGAAUCAAUUAAAAAACUUCUUGAGUAUCUGAUGUUCAAAUAAAAUCUCCGAAUUUACUA